CCGGCAUCACGCUUGAUGUUGACUUUGGCGGGUACAUAGCCGGUUUCAUUAAUAAUCUCGAACGGCUAUCACCUCCGCUAUAAUGGACAUCGAAAACUUAAGAAGUGAGCUCGAAGAGAACAAUCAAGAUCAUUUACUUCUGCAUUGGGAUUCGCUUAACGAUAAAGAGCAGUCUGAUUUUUACAAAGAUCUCGAGCACAUCGAUUUCGCCAAAAUAAACCGCUGGUUCGAGAAGACCAUGCACGAAGCCAAAGCAAGUGACAAGAAAGAUGAGAAACUGGAGCCGGUUCCACCACAGAUAGUUGGUAGUGCAAUAGGAGCGAAAAAUGAAAACAAAGUUGCCAUUUGGAAUGAAAAAGGUCUACAGAUGAUAAGCGAAGGAAAAGUCGCUGUACUGCUUCUCGCCGGUGGACAAGGAACCCGUCUUGGAGUCUCUUAUCCGAAGGGAAUGUACAAUGUCGGCUUACCAUCACAAAAGACAUUAUAUCAACUUCAAGCCGAGAGAAUCUUAAAAGUGCAAGAAUUGGCUUAUGAACUGACCGGAAAGAAAUCUACAGUUCCUUGGUACAUCAUGACAAGUGAACACACCAUGGAAGAAACAAAAAAGUUUUUUGAAAAACACGAUUACUUUGGGCUACAAAGAAAUAAUGUCCUCUUCUUUGAGCAGCACACCAUUCCUUGUCUGACCAUGGAAGGAAAAAUUAUUCUUGAUCAAUGUGGUAAAGUUGCAAGAGCUCCAGGUGGAAACGGUGGUUUGUACGCAGCUCUUGGUGAUGAUGGUGUAGACAACCAUGUUACUAUUAGUACAAUGAGACAGCAUGGAAUAGAGUAUGUUCAUGUGUACUGUGUUGACAACAUCCUUGUCAAGAUGGCCGAUCCUGUGUUCAUUGGAUUUUGUGUUGACAAGUCAGCAGAAUGUGGUGCUAAGGUCGUUGAGAAAACACUUCCAGGUGAGAGAGUUGGAGUUGUUGUGAAAUGUGAGGGCAAAUACCAGGUUGCUGAGUAUAGUGAGAUAUCAAAAGAAAUUGCAGAGAUGAAAGACCCUGACAACAAUGAUAGGCUCUUAUUUCGAGAUGGAAACAUUUGCAAUCAUUUCUUUACUAUGGACUUCUUGGAGAAAAUUGUUACAGAGCAUGAACCAUCACUCAAGUUUCACAUUGCCAAGAAGAAGAUCCCAUUUGUUGAUGAAAACGGGAAAAGGAAUAAACCAGUGGAACCAAAUGGAAUUAAAUUGGAGAAGUUUGUCUUUGAUGUCUUUGAGUUCACAGAGAAACUUGCUCUUCUGGAAGUUGCUAGAGAAGAUGAAUUUUCUCCCCUAAAAAAUGCUAGGGGCUCACCAAAGGACAGUCCAGAAACAGCACUCGGGGACUUGUCGAAUUUACAUUUUAGAUACCUAACCAAAGCUGGUGCCAAGUUCAUAGACAACAAUGGGGCCACAUCUGUAGUCUGUGAAAUUUCUCCUCUUCUUUCCUAAGCAGGAGAGGGAUUAGAGGAUAAAGUGAAAGGCAAAGAAUUUUCUGCAGCAAAUGAAAUUUACCUCCCAGCAGAUGGAGAAGAUAAAACAGAAGAACCAGCAGCCAAGAAAAGCAGAGAAUGCUGAUAUUGUUUUCAAAAUUGUCACUUAAUCAUUGGACAGCCCAUGACAUUUGCUCUGUUAAUUCCUUCAUCAAUGGAGUCAGUGAUCAUCAGUCACAAGGUGGCCACUUGAAAAUCAAGCUUUUUCAUGAUUGUAGGUACUUUGGUGUGGUUUUCAUUCGAUUUUCCCAAUCAUCUCAAUAAAAAAAAGAAAUUUCUCAAUGGUCCUGGGGGGUCAGUGAUACUAUACCUUGUGUUCCCACAUAAUCUUGCCAAUGGUUUGGAAGCUUUCUUGAUGUGAUGGUCCAGAUGAUCUUAUGGAAACCAGACAAAAGGCAGAAACAUUAACUCAGAUGCUUGCAGAACCACAUCAGGCUGGUGUUUAAUUGGUGACCAAAGCAAAAUAUCAAGAAAUGAAUACAAAAAAUAUCUUGAAGGAAUUUCCUGAAUGUUAAACAAAGAAAGUUAGUUGAUAGUCUUUGAAGCACAUACCUGUAGCAAUUCUUUUUCUUUGAGCGAGGUACAAUUUGUGGUGAUAAGUUAUUGAGCACUUAGAAAAUUGUCAAUGCAUAAAAUGUGUGAAAGCUGUUAAAUUUUGAUUGGGGAAAGAGCAGUGGUCAUGCUGUUGCAAUCAGGUUAGAAAUCAAAGAAGAGUUUAGGAAUAUGAUACAAUCCAAAAUAUGAACAAUAUCAAUCAAUCGAUAUGUUCUGAACACUUAAUAGCAACAGAAAGUUUAGUCUGGUAGUAUUUGUAAAUCAGAAUGAUUAUUGUGGAAUGAGAACGUACACUGAAGGCCCAACCAUUUAGACCCAUGUGCUAUCUGCUUUCAAUGUUUGUGUUCAAAGUGAUAUGCUGUUAAUGUGAAUAAGAGAUUUUUCCAAUUUAAAAAUUCAUGGGAAUUAGGAUGUGGGGAAUGGUAUUUUAAUAAAAAUAAACAGAAGAAAAAAUUA